AUGAGUUUCCCCAUGAGAGAACCCGUGAUUCCUGGGACCAGCAUGGCUUACCACCCCUUCCUAUCUCACCGGGCGCCGGACUUCCCCAUGAGCGCCGUCUUGGGACACCAACCACACUUCUUCCCGGCUUUGGCCUUGCCCCCCAACGGGGCAGCUGCGCUUUCUCUGCCCGGAGCUUUAGCCAAGCCGAUCAUGGAUCAACUGGUCGGGGCGGCGGAUUCCGGCCUCCCUUUUUCCACCUUGGGACACCAAGCCGCGGCUCACUUGCGGCCUUUGAAAACGCUGGAGCCGGAAGAAGAGGUGGAGGACGACCCCAAAGUCCACCUGGAAGCCAAGGAGCUUUGGGAGCAGUUUCACAAACGGGGGACCGAGAUGGUGAUCACCAAAUCGGGAAGGAGAAUGUUCCCACCGUUUAAAGUGAGGUGUACGGGUCUGGAUAAAAAGGCGAAAUACAUUUUAUUGAUGGACAUUGUAGCGGCGGAUGACUGUAGAUAUAAAUUCCAUAAUUCGCGGUGGAUGGUGGCCGGCAAAGCUGACCCUGAAAUGCCAAAAAGAAUGUACAUCCAUCCAGAUAGCCCAGCAACAGGCGAGCAGUGGAUGUCGAAAGUGGUCACAUUCCACAAACUGAAACUGACUAAUAACAUAUCGGACAAACACGGAUUUACCAUCUUAAACUCUAUGCACAAAUACCAGCCUCGGUUCCACAUUGUCCGAGCCAACGAUAUCCUGAAGCUCCCCUACAGCACAUUUCGCACUUAUGUCUUUCCGGAAACGGAAUUCAUUGCCGUAACAGCCUAUCAGAACGAUAAGAUCACCCAGUUAAAAAUCGACAACAAUCCUUUUGCCAAAGGCUUCCGAGACACAGGGAAUGGAAGGCGAGAAAAAAGAAAGCAACUGACACUUCAGUCCAUGAGAGUUUACGAUGAGAGGCAGAAAAAAGAGACUUCAGAUGAAUCUUCCAGCGAGCAGACGGCUUUUAAAUGUUUCGCUCAGUCAACCUCUCCCGCUGUGUCUGCUGUGGGCACCUCAAAUCUUAAAGACCUGUGUCCCAGCGAUGGCGAAAGCGACUCGGAAAGCAAAGAGGAUCCCAUGGAAGCCAACGAAGUCGGGAAGAUCUCCACCACCACGGCCAACAUCGCCCCCAACAGGAAGAGCAGCCCUUCCAAGGCUCCCCAUUUUCCGCCGCCGGACUCCGCCUGCAGCAGUAGCAGCAGCCGGGAGAGCGUGGCUAAAGUGCCUCCGGAUUCCCAGCAUAGCCCAGCCACCAUCUCUUCGAGCACCCGGCACUUGGGCGGUGGAGAAGAACUCAAGAACCCGCCCCAGGAGGAAUGCAGGGUCCUGAACAAAGAACCUUUCACACCCCUAACCAUUCAGACUGACAGCCCUGGGCACCUGGCCCAGAGCCACCUGUCCAACCUAACAUUUCCCCACGCCUUGGCCAGCCAGCAGUUCUUCAACCCGCUGAGCAACGGGCACCCCUUCCUCCUCCAUCCUAGCCAGUUCGCCAUGGGCGGGGCUUUCUCAGGCAUGGCUGGCAUGGGACCUCUGUUGGCCACAGUCUCCGGGGCGUCUGCCGGAGUUACCGGACUAGACAAUGCGGCGAUGGCCACCGCAGCUGCUGCCCAGGGAUUAAGUGGCGUUUCAGCAGCAGCUGCUGCAGCAGCCUUGCCCUUCCAUUUUCAACAGCACGUCCUGGCUUCCCAGAGCCUGGCUAUGUCUCCCUUCGGCGGUCUCUUCCCCUACCCCUACACUUACAUGGCGGCGGCGGCGGCGGCGGCAGCCUCGACGGCGGCCUCCAGCCCGAUGCACCGGCACCCGCCUUUCCUGAACACGGCGCGCCCUCGCCUGCGCUACAGCCCCUACGCGCUCUCGGUGCCUCUGCCGGACAGCAGCGGCGGCGGCGGCAGCUUGCUCACCACCGCCCUGCCGCCUUGCCUGGGUGGCGGGGCGGAAGGCAAAGCCGGAGCCUUGGCGCCCAGCCCCGGCUUGGGAACGUUGGAGGCCUCCUCCGGCUCCGAGCUGAACAGCCGCUCCUCCACCCUCUCCUCCUCCGGGUCCGACAAGGAGGCCACCAGCGAGCUGCAGAACAUCCAGCGCUUAGUGAGUGGACUGGAGCCGAAGCAGGACAGAGCCAGGAGUGGGUCGCCCUAG